AUGACAGAGCCCCUAACUGUCUACGAGUCAAAGGUCAACCAAAGGGCAUAAAGUGUUAAACCUAUUAUUAUAUUCAUUUUUGUUGCAUCACGCUAACACAAUUUGCAUUUUGGCUCCUCAUUGACUGCAACAGUUUCACUUAUCAGACGGAAGCUAGUACUCAUUUACAUUUUAGCAGACGCUCUUAUCCAGAGCGACUUACAGUUAGUGAGUGCAUACAUUUUCAUACUGGCCCCCCGUGGGAAACGAACCCACAACCCUGGCGUUGCAAGCGCCAUGCUCUACCAACUGAGCUACAGGGGACUAGUAGAUGUGCAAUUUUGAUCUUACCUGUUUCAACUUGUUAGACUGGAGUAUUAUUACUGCAUGCAAACUAAACACAUCGAUUAACACACACACCCACGCUCAGCUCCUCAUCGAAACACAAGCACAAGCACAGGUAGAGGUAGUUACUCUCUGAAACUCACACAAUGACUUUUCAGACAUCCUCUGUCUGCCUACAGACCGUUCUCUUGUCAGAUUAUAUAAGACCUGUGACAUAGCCUUUAGGCCAGUGCUUGACUUGGGCUGGAGAUCACCGGACCUGAGUACCGGCACCUCAAAUUUUCUUCUGCUUGAGUUCCUCCACCGCUUAUAGAAUAUCAGCUCAAACGUAUUGAGGAGUUCCUGCACAUAAAUCCAAUUUGUAAGUCGCUCUGGAUAAGAGCGUCUGCUAAAUGACUUAAAUGUACAUGUUAAAUGUAAAUAAAUAUAAACAGUACCGACACCUAUUUCAGUCCAAGUCAAGCACUGCUUUAGCCUAUUGGUUGUAACUCAAUUGAUUUUACAACUAGGCCUAUGUCUCGAGUCUUCAAACACAUAGACUCAUCAUGGAGCCUCAUACCUACAGUGGGGGAAAAAAGUAUUUAGUCAGCCACCAAUUGUGCAAGUUCUCCCACUUAAAAAGAUGAGAGAGGCCUGUAAUUUUCAUCAUAAAUACACGUCAACUAUGACAGACAAAAUGAGGAAAAAAAAUCCAGAAAAUCACAUUGUAGGAUUUCUAAUGAAUUUAUUUGCAAAUUAUGGUGGAAAAUAAGUAUUUGGUCAAUAACAAAAGUUUCUCAAUACUUUUAUAUACCCUUUGUUGGCAAUGACACAGGUCAAACGUUUUCUGUAUGUCUUCACAAGAUUUUCACACACUGUUGCUGGUAUUUUGGCCCAUUCCUCCAUGCAGAUCUCCUCUAGAGCAGUGAUGUUUUGGGGCUGUCGCUGGGCAACACGGACUUUCAACUCCCUCCAAAGAUUUUCUAUGGGGUUGAGAUCUGGAGACUGACUAGGCCACUCCAGGACCUUGAAAUGCUUCUUACGAAGCCACUCCUUCGUUGCCCGGGCGGUGUGUUUGGGAUCAUUGUCAUGCUGAAAGACCCAGCCACGUUUCAUCUUCAAUGCCCUUGCUGAUGGAAGGAGGUUUUCACUCAAAAUCUCACGAUACAUGGCCCCAUUCAUUCUUUCCUUUACACGGAUCAGUCGUCCUGGUCCCUUUGCAGAAAAACAGCCCCAAAGCAUGAUGUUUCCACCCCCAUGCUUCACAGUAGGUAUGGUGUUCUUUGGAUGCCACUCAGCAUUCUUUGUCCUCCAAACACGACGAGUUGAGUUUUUACCAAAAAGUUAUAUUUUGGUUUCAUCUGACCAUAUGACAUUCUCCCAAUCCUCUUCUGGAUCAUCCAAAUGCACUCUAGCAAACUUCAGACGGGCCUGGACAUGUACUGGCUUAAGCAGGGGGACACGUCUGGCACUGCAGGAUUUGAGUCCCUGGCGGCGUAGUGUGUUACUGAUGGUAGGCUUUGUUACUUUGGUCCCAGCUCUCUGCAGGUCAUUCACUAGGUCCCCCCGUGUGGUUCUGGGAUUUUUGCUCACCGUUCUUGUGAUCAUUUUGACCCCACAGGGUGAGAUCUCGCGUGGAGCCCCAGAUCGAGGGAGAUUAUCAGUGGUCUUGUAUGUCUUCCAUUUACUAAUAAUUGCUCCCACAGUUGAUUUCUUCAAACCAAGCUGCUUACCUAUUGCAGAUUCAGUCUUCCCAGCCUGGUGCAGGUCUACAAUUUUGUUUCUGGUGUCCUUUGACAGCUCUUUGGUCUUGGCCAUAGUGGAGUUUGGAGUGUGACUGUUUGAGGUUGUGGACAGGUGUCUUUUAUACUGAUAACAAGUUCAAACAGGUGCCAUUAAUACAGGUAAUGAGUGGAGGACAGAGGAGCCUCUUAAAGAAGAAGUUACAGGUCUGUGAGAGCCAGAAAUCUUGCUUGUUUGUAGGUGACCAAAUACUUAUUUUCCACCAUAAUUUGCAAAUAAAUUCAUUAUAAAUCCUACAAUGUGAUUUUCUGGAUUUAUUUUUCUCAAUUUGUCUGUCAUAGUUGACGUGUACCUAUGAUGAAAAUUACAGGCCUCUCUCAUCUUUUUAAGUGGGAGAACUUGCACAAUUGGUGGCUGACUAAAUACUUUUUUCCCCACUGUAAGUGACUGCCAGAGCCCUGUAUCUUAAAGUAUGUGUUAGCCCACACACACACACACUAAAGGGAUCAGAUCAGAUAGUGUAGCAGCUUGUGCUCCCCUGGUGCCUUCAGCUAGCGAGGCUUUUGGGAGGGGAAUAUCUGAUCCCUAUCUGUUACCGCCUUUCUGUGAGGACAACACUGAAAGAUGUGGGUCGUGUUCAUUGGGGCAUACAGUAGCAAAACAAAAUGGAAACGAGCGUUUCUCAUACAAGUUCAGAUAGUUGGUUCCCAUUUCACACCGUUUCAGAAUUCAGAUCGCUUUCUUUCAUUUCGUGUCAGGUGAACACAACUCAGGACUCUCUCUCUCUCUCACGCUCACUCUCUCACACCCCUUUAAGCCAUAACUCUGUCACUGUUCAUUCUUCUCAUCCCAAAACAACACCUCUCUAAUCUCCAGCCCUGGUAAUAGUUCUGAUUAGAAAUACCAAGUCAGAGAAAGUCGAAGGAGAUUGGUCCCUGUCGUCUCACAAGGAUCUUAUUGGUCGCAGUUGACCUUUCUGACAUGGUCUGAUUCCAAUAUCCACACACUAGCAUACCACUUAGUAUGAAUAAAUGUAUUGUCAUGGCAAUGGGGCAGGCCUUAACGUCAAUCCCUGAUUGGGCAUGCAAAAGUAGUAUGCUAAUAUGGACAUUGGAACUUAGCCUCUGUCUGUAUACAGCCCGAUAUCUUGUCAUGUGAUACGUGCCACAGCUGAAGUUGUAACUCAAUUGAUUUACAACUAUGUCUCGAGCCGUCUAUUACAUUAGGAUCAAACCAACACUUAACCCCAGAACUCUGUUGUUUAGUCUCAAAAGGGCCACCAUCACCGUGGAAACUACAGUACUGCUGGGCUGUCAGUUGUUGGUCACAUGACGAUGUUGAUUAGGAAGUGCUAAUUAGUAUACUGCCAUUGACCAAGCUGGCCACAUUUCUCCAUCUCAUGGCUAAAUGGGGCAUGUUCUUUAUGUUCCCGCUCCAUUUGUUUGUACUGUAGAUGCGUGUGUAUGUGUCAUAUUUAAAGUCUGUGGUUCCCAACCUUUUUUGGUUACUGUACCACCAACUGAAUUUUGCUCUGCCCGGAGUACCCCCUCAUGUGCAUUUUACCAGUAGGCCUAUGGUCUCAUGACUCUUCUCAAGUACCCCCAGGGGUCCUAGUACCCCUGAUUGGGAACCACUGUUAUAAGUCAUAACAGAAUAGCUCACCUUAGCCAGAUCAUGAAAUUAAUAAUAAUAAUAAAUAAUAAUGAAAUUAAUGGAAAAUCCAUUGUUUCUGAUGCAUUGAAAAUCGGAUAACAUCUAUCAACUGAACUUAAGAUAUAAUCAGUUAUAUCAGAUGGUAUGAUGUUUACUAUGUAGGGUAGGGACUCGGCACACUGUAUAAUCUCACAACAUGAUAUGGUAGGGAAUGUGAAGACAUGUUGAAUGAAGCAACCAACCAACCCUCUUUCUCUGUUUGACCCCUGCAGGCUCGCAUCUCCUUUGUGCGGGUGAAAUACCUGUUCCUCACCUGGCUGACAGUGUUCGUGGGGGGCUGGGUGAUCUAUGUCCAGUACUCCAACUACACUGAGCUCUGCCGAGGACAUGAGUGCAAGAACGCCAUAGUGAGUACGGACACAUCUGUCAUAUCAUAUCCAUGAUCCACUUAUUUUUUUAUUAGGAGUGGGAACUUUCAUAUUUUUAUGCUUUUAUUGAUAGACGGUCAGUAGGGGGGACAGGAACAGUGGUGUAAAGUACUUAAGUAAAAAUACUUUAUAGUACUACUUAAGUAGUUUUUUUGGGGUAUCUGUACUUUACUUUACUAUUUAUAUUUUUGCCAACUUUUACUUUUACUUCACUACAUUCCUAAAGAAAAUAAUGUACUUUUUACUCCAUACAUUUUCCCUGACACCCAAAAGUACUCGUUACAUUUUGACAGGAAAAUGGUCCAAUUCACACACUUAUCAAGAAAACAUCCCUGGUCAUCCCUACUGCCUCUGACCUGGCGGACUCACUAAACACAAAUGCUUCGUUUCUAAAUUCAGUCUGAGUGUUGGAGUGUGCCCCUGGCUAUCCGUCAAUAAAAAAAAACAAGACCAAUUGUGCCGUCUGGUUUGCUUAAUGUAAGGAAUUUGAAAUGGUUUAUACUUUUACUUUUACUUUUGAUACUUAAGUACAUUUAAAACCAAAUACUUUUAGACUUUUACUGGGUGACUUUCACUUUUACUUGAGUCAUUUUCUAUUAAGGUAUCUUUACUUUUACUCAAGUAUGACAAUUCAGUACUUUUUCCACCACUGGACAGGAAUGACAGGAGGAGUGUGUCAAACAGGCUGUGGGCCAGAUUGGAAUGAUGACACAAUAUGGGGGCGGACGAUCGGCGGCACUAACUGCUAGACCACGACCCAGUUCUACUGUGGUACUGGAGCAAGUGGUGGUAGUAGUAGUAGUAGCACUGCUGUAGUGUAGAAUCAUCAACUAGAAGCCCAAACAGAUAUAACAUUUGACUAAAAUAUAAUCAUUUCAAGCCUUGCUUACAUUUGUAUACAAUCACAUAUAUCUCUCUAUUAUGCGGAAUUAUGGGAAUACUUCGGAACAGAUUUCUCAAAUUAAAAUAACUUGCAGCUUAUUUGAUGGUGUUUUUACUGUAUUUUAUGUCCAACAAUUUAAAAAAUACAAUGAAAUAAAAAACGUUUUGCUCAGAAAACUUGGGGGGCCAAAUAAAAUCACCCACGGGCCAAAUUCGGCUUGCGGCCGCCGGUUGGGGAUCCCUGGUACAAGGCAUCACCCAUUUUCAUACUCCACAGUUUGACAUCAUCCAUCUCAUUCAACCGUUGAGGGUUAGAGCACUGAGGCGAAUGAAGCUUACAGACGCAAAGGCUCAAGGACAAGCUAUUUGGCAUUCGGACCGUUGCUGUUACCAAAACAGCAACCACGAGACUGAUUUCAUUCCUACUUGGCUAAACAUUGUCACCCAGUGUUCAUGUAGCAUGAUAGCGUCAAACAGAGAAAGAAGUUAGUGAAAGGUCUUUGGGCAGUCUGUAGCAGUUCACUUUCAUCUUAAGUGAAGUGUUGUUUGUUUUGACCAUAGAAAUAAAAACAAUAGAGAGGUCACUAAGAUUCAAAUCCGUGUCACAAGCAGUCUGCAAUCUUGUUUUAGCUCUAUGCUCUAUGGUUCUGACUUUGUAAUACCUAGCAUAUUGUUGUAUUGAGUAAAUAAAUGGACAGGAAGAGACUAACACCAACCCUUCUCCACUUCUCAGUGUGAUAAAUACAGGAGGGGCAUCAUCGACGGCUCGGCCUGCAGCAGCCUUUGUGACAAAGACACCCUCUACCUGGGCAGAUGUCUCUCUACCAGCCCCGAACACCAGGUGAGGUAACAGACCAUGACCCUCCCUUUGAGCUGCAGGGGUUACUGUACUGCUGGGCUCUACGCUUACCUUUUUUUUAACAAAGGAGCACGUUUGCGCCUAAGUUGAAAAAUGUAGGCGCACACAAAGAAAUGUAGGAGCAAAAUGAAACAUAUUUGAGAUAAUAAAGCUAGAAUCCUUAAUUUUUCUAGCCGCACUGGUGCUCCUAAAUACAAAUUCCAGGUCGCACAGCAAAAUAUUUAGCCCUGUACUGGACACGUUGUCUUGGUCUGUACUAAGUACAGAUCCAGGAUCAGGAAAAUCAACCUUAGAUCAGUGCAUCUAGGGACAACCUACUACGACCCGGACUUACAGCCCUAAUGUCGACUCAAGAAGGCACUUCGGCAAGUGCCAGUAUGUAGCCAAUGGUUUUAUUGAAGGGUGUGGUGUCUUUAGUAGAAGUUCACUAUAGUAUUUCCACACAUAAUCAGACCAGAAGAAUAAGUCAGAACCAUUGGUUCUUCUUAUCGACUGUAGGUGUAUAAUAAUGUAAUUCCACUAACUUGGGUCUGGUUGUCCUCAUCGUUCCCCUUGCCUGGGCCCUCAGGUGUACACAGGUGGUUGGGGUGACCUGGACGGGGUGAUCCGCUGCCGGGUGGGGGAGGUGCUGCACUAUGAGCUGGGAGAAGAGCCGGAGCCCAGGAAGGAGGCUGCAGUCUUCGACAAACCCACCCGCGGCACGUCUGUGGAGAAGUUCAGAGAGAUGGUCUUCAACCACCUGAAGGUUUUGGAACUCCUGCUGCUUUGACUUUAGCAGAUGCUGUGUCACAAUGGCAACAUCAUCAGCAUAGUAUAGCAUAACAACUAUAAUUAGUGUCUUUGUUGAAAGGGAUUUUGUCAUUUCACUAGCAGUUUUACCAAAAUCUCCAGAUUGAGGAUAAGGUCAUCAGCUUAACUUCUUUCUCGUUUCCUCCUACCUCCCCUUCCCUCAAUCCUUCCAUCUCCAGUCAAAGUUGGGCGAGCAGGCCAACCUGGCCAGCCUGGUGACCCAGAUCCUCACCGUCGCCGACGGCAAUAAGGACGGGCACGUCUCCCUCCCCGAGGCCCGUUCAGCCUGGGCUCUUCUCCAGUUGGACGAGGUGCUGCUGGGCCUGCUCCUCCAGGACCGGGGCCACACCCCCCGGCUGCUGGGCUUCUGUGGGGACCUGUACGUGACCGAGAGGGUCCCCUACGGCCCCUUGUACGGUGUCAGCCUCCCCUGGCCCCUGGAGGCCUGGGUCCCCAGUGGGGCCCGACGCAGCAUGGACCAGUGGUUCACGCCCUCUUGGCCCCGCAAGGCCAAGAUCUCCAUGGGCCUCCUGGAGCUAGUGGAGGACAUCUUCCACGGCACCUACGGCAGCUUCCUCAUGUGCGACCUGAGCGCCGAUCACUUUGGCUACACGGACCGCCACGACCUCCGCCUCACCGACCCCAGGGCCAUCGUCUCCGAGGACGCGUUCCGGCAAACCAUGCGCUCGCUGCACUGCGAGAAGGACGACGACUGUGUGCUGGGGACGGACUGCCGGACAUCGUGCGAUGUGGCUCAGAGACGAUGCAGGGAGGAGGUGACCCAGCCCAACCUGGCCAAAGCAUGCGGGGCGCUGAGGGACUACCUUCUGAGAGGGGUGCCAUCAGAGCUGAGGGAGGAGUUGGAGAGACAGCUGUACGCCUGCAUGGCCCUCAGAGGCUCGGCGGGACAGAUGGACAUGGAGCACUCCCUGAUCCUGAACAACCUCAAGGCCCUGCUGUGGAAACAGAUCUCCCAUACUAAAGACUCGUGAUGAGGGGACAACACAACCAAGUCCUCAAAGACCUGACUCAAAUACUUAAAGGAAAGAUUCACCCAUUUUGAAUGUUAUAUCGUUUUUGUGCAUCUCUGAGCAAUAUUCUAUGGAUUCCCGGGGUCAUUUCAUGUUGUCACGUGUAUCUGAGCUAUUGCUGUUCAAGCAGGCAGAAAUACACACAAUAUAACAUUCAAAAUGGGUGAAUCACAAAAACUCUACCACUUUGGGUGGAUCGUUCAUUUUAGACAUACUACAUUGUUUUUUUUACCACGUUUUGCUGACUGUCAUUGGAAGAAUGAUAAUUAUAAUUAAUGUUCAGGAUGCUGGAAAAUAACUGUAGAUCUGCUGUUUGACAGGUCUCAUUGGAGUCUUGAAAAAACUGAUGGAACAUUUUAAGUGGUAGUAGUUUAGUAGUUGUAUGAACUACACAUUUGAAGUACACUUGCACAUUAUAUGAAGACUGAAGCAUGUUUCGGUUUCUUAAAUGGACAAUGUGACCAAGAAAUAUAUCAGAAGAAACUGAGUAUUAUAGAGGUCUAAGGUAUUGUCCUUCCUCCUAAGUGUGCACUUGUUCCCUUCUCUUAUUUGAAAGGAAAUGACUGGUAUAAGAAAUAUGGUGGAAACUCCCUGUAGUCCAUACCUCGACUAAUCCAAUGCCUUUAGAUUUAUGGGAAAUAGUGGAUAGUGUACACUUCAGGAGAUAUUAUUGGGACGCACCCAGGAGUCGUCCACGUCGCUGGACAUUACCACCCUCACUUGUUUAUUGGCAUACAGCAAUGCUGAAUCAGCCUAUGACGAACCAUUAUGCUUGGUUUGUGUACCAUGUACAUUUCUCACGAAGAACACUUGUAGUUUUCCACUAACCAUGGAGUGUAUUAUGAAUACUAGUGCCAUAAACAAGAGAUCAUGCUGAAAAUACUGUAAUAGACUUGGAACUAGUCUCACGUUUUUGUAUGGAUGUUUGACUACCACUUGUGAAGGAGGUACUGUACAUGGAAUGCUUGCUGUAUUUGACUCCGUUUCUACAUUCUUUCAAGCGCGACCUUUAUAAACAAGGAGGUCACACUUUGUAUGUCUUUUAAACAGGAAACCCCGUCUGAUGUGGUUUCUGAAGGAGCUGAAGCUCAUAGCUGCUGUUGCCGGAUGA